GUUGUUGUCAAAAUCGCUCUGCCCUUGCCUCCACGAUUUUCACGUCCGAUUCAACGCCUUGGCGACCAAUCGAUUCAUCCUCUGUUUUCAGCUGACAGACAGUUCACAGUAGCUUAGCAUCAUCGGUGUGUUAUUUCAAACUUUGCUUAAUUGUCUAAAGGCAUCUUCAAAUAUUUAUUUUGUCCUGAAGUAACAAUAUGAGUAGUUCAGAAGAGGUCUCUUGGAUUUCAUGGUUUUGUGGUCUCAGAGGAAAUGAAUUUUUUAGUGAGGUGGAUGAGGAUUACAUACAAGAUAAGUUUAACCUAACUGGACUAAAUGAACAGGUCCCGCAUUACAGGCAGGCACUAGACAUGAUUCUUGACCUUGAGCCAGAUGAUGAACUUGAAGACAACCCAAAUCAGAGUGAUCUUAUUGAACAGGCAGCGGAAAUGUUGUAUGGGCUAAUCCAUGCAAGAUACAUUUUAACCAACCGUGGACUUGCUCUUAUGCUUGAGAAAUACCAGAAUGGAGAUUUUGGUCACUGCUACCGUGUAUAUUGUGAAAACCAACCUGUCUUGCCAAUUGGUCUAUCAGAUGUUCCUGGAGAGGCAAUGGUUAAGCUUUAUUGUCCUAAGUGUAUGGAUGUGUACAAUCCAAAAUCGUCGCGGCACCACCACACUGAUGGUGCAUAUUUUGGAACAGGAUUCCCACACAUGUUGUUCAUGGUACACCCAGAAUACAGGCCAAAGAGAAGUCCAAACCAGUUUGUACCAAGACUGUAUGGCUUUAAAAUCCACCCAAUGGCAUACCAAAUCCAAGCACAAGCAGCUGCCAAUGCAAGAAACAGAAGUGCGUCUGCCAGACAGAGACCUUCGAAAACAAGCCACUACAAAUAAAGACACUGUCUCAAAAUCUCCAGUUCAUAUGAACAUGGCUUUUACAUCAUGGACUAAUUUUAAUAUUGGUACUAUGUUUGUUGUUAGGUUUAGUCUCAUAAUUCAACAAUAGAUGGUCAAAUCUGCUUCCAAGCUUGAUUGAUUUGGGACAGUUGUGUCAUUUGCAUACAAAAUACGAACUUACAGAAUAUCAUUUGUUUGGCAAAUUUUCAUAGUUAUGCCAAUGGGAAGGACUAAGAGGAAGGAGAAAUACAAAAGUAGUUGCCAGAUUUUGUGCCUGGCUGGGUAUGUUACUCCUUACUGUAGCAACAGGUUUUUACCUUAAUGCCUUAUAGUUAAUGAUACCUUAUAGUAGAUAAUCUUAGGAAAAAAUCAAUGACCCUUUACGAUUGAUCCAAGUGUCUCAGAUGAUUUGGAAGCAGGUGUCUGUUAGCAACUUUCUUUUAAGUGUGAUAGAUUUUUCAUAUUCAAGUAUGCACUUAAUUUUCAUGUUAACGGCCAAAUAAAAACAAAUGUUGAAUAAAGUAUGAGUAACAGAAAGAACCGUUGGUUUAGUGAAUGUAUCCAAAACAACAUGUAUGAAA